UAAAAAAUAAAAUAAAAAUAAAUAAAAAAAUAUCAUGAUCUCUAUAUCGCUUGUUUUGCCCCUCUCUAAAACACAGUAGUGAAUAAUGUGAAAAUGGCGGUGGCGCUAAUCAGAAGAAUCACCAGCAACUCCGUCGUAAACCCUAAUUCCUUGCCUUCUUCUCUCCUUUCUCGCAGAGGCAUCGCUUCCAGACUCUUCGUCGGAGGGCUUUCAUUUUAUACUACUGAGAAGACACUAGCAGAAGCAUUUUCACAGUAUGGACAAGUGAUACAGACAAAAAUUGUACAUGAUCGUGUCACAGACAGAUCUAAGGGUUUCGGAUUUGUAACUUAUGCAUCAGAAGAUGAAGCUGAUAAAGCCUUGACAGAGAUGAAUGGAAAACAAGUACAUGGGCGCGUUAUAUUUGUUGAUUAUGCGAAGCCAGAGGCUGGAUUUCGUAGGGAAAUGCCCAUAGCACGAGGACCACCUGCUGCUUGAUGCUGAAUCUGUUGGCAUAAAUACAUCAAGUGAUGAUAACAUGAGUCCAUCAAUUUGGCUAACAUGCUGAUGCUAGGUACCUACACCCGAUUCAUAAUAUACCUUUGACAAAGCUACCAAGUCCAACCCAUAUAAUAUAGUGUUGGUUGGAUAUUCUAGUAAUUUCAGGGCUGUUAGUUCAUGGGCUUGUUUUUCAUCCUUUUAUCUCUAUCGAGUAUACUAGUCUUUGAUCGUUGAAAGGCUCAACUGCUUCAUGUCAAUGGAAGUUUGUUAAUGUCGACUAGCAGCCAGCACUUUACAUCAAAAACUGCAUUGCGGCUUAAGUUGAGAGAUUGAUGAAAUUUCAAUUUUCAAAUCGCCUGUAGUUAUUGUGUCAGCUGUUGAUAUAGAUGAAUAAGCUGAAGCUGAUCUCAAGCUUCCAUAUCUUUACGUACAGGUAAGAGAGUUAAUUGUAUAUACAGUUUCUCUGCUGAAUGAUUAAUUAUAGUCAAAGUUAUUUCCUGUUUUCAAUGAUAUUAUUCCUGCUGUACUAAUGGUACCAAGAAAAGCCAAAUCAAUGCCUGCAUGAUUUAAAAUUUUGAUGCAAAUA